AGAAGAGGAAGAAGCAGUUAACUUCUUCUCUCUUCUUGCUUGCUUCUUGCUUCUUGCUUGUUGUCUCAUUGUUCUCGUUCACCCCCCCUCCCCACCAACUAGCACUCCCCACUGCACGUCUCCUGAUCGCAUUGGCGCACUGCCAUGUCUUUGUCGGCGUCCGCGGCAUCGUCGUCGACGUCUUCGUCGUCUUCAGUGCUUGUAGCCAGCAUCCCGCGCCAUCGACAAGUGGUCGUCGCAAAGAAACGGCCCACAGUGUUUGAAGUUGUGUUGGCAAACAAGGAUCGAGAAUGGCGCAUCGAGCGACGCUACAGCGAGUUCCACAUGCUGUACAAGAAGUUGAAAGAUCAUAUCAGGGUGCCCUUUCACUUUCCAAGGAAGACUGUCAUGAGCAACAAGGAUCCCAAGUUCAUUGAAUCUCGACAGAAGAAGCUUGAGGCCUGGCUCCAGGCGCUGCUGCAGCAGCCCAACAUUCUCUCGUUUGCAGCCGUUGCGGAGUUUCUUGAAGUGCCGAGCGACGUCCUUCGUCGGCGCACCUCUGGGCGCCUUGCGUCGUUCAAGUCGUCGUCCUCGUCCAUGCACGUGUCAAACCGCGGCGCCUUCUCCCCAGACGCUCGAAGCACUGGCGGUGCCGGCGGGGCAUACAGCUCAACACACUCGAGCAAGUCUGUAACGCCUCUGCGCCGCAGCCGUCGCAACUCGGCGUCGUCACACGACAUUGUACAACAAGGGGUGCUUGCAUCGGUGUCGGGCAUGGCUGCGUGGGGCGACGAUCACGAUGUGGACGAUUUCGUGCGUCUGUAUUACGGCGACGACGCGGAUCCCAUGGAGGAUGCCUCCGCAACCAGCAUGCUCGAUCACCUGCGCAUUGAUCCCUCCACUCGGCGCCGCACGCGCCGUCCAACGUCUCAGUCGCCCGUCUCAUUCCAAGCUGUUGCGGCGUUCAAGGGCGAACGGACGGACGGCAGCGACGAACCAUUCACCUUUGCAGCCGGCGACAUCAUCACGGUGACGGCCGAAGACACGAGCACAGGGUGGUGGGUUGGCCGAGUUGGGGACGGCCCCGGUGGGCUGAUUCCGCCCAACUAUGUUGACCCGGGCACGGUGCGCACGGCGUCGUCGUCUGCGGAUUUCCCGCGGGCGGUGGCGGCGGCGCGGCGAAGCGUGGCUGCACGCAGCGCAGGCAAACGCGACGCCACAGGCAGUGGCAAUCGUGAUGGUGAUGGGACGAUGGCAGAAGGAGGAGGAGGUGGUGGUGGUGGUGAUGGUGGUGGUGCGAGGCGAGGUGUGAAGGCGCCCGGUGAGAGUGGUAGUCGGAGUCGGGAUGGAGGGCGGAGGGAGGUGUCGAGUGUGAGCAGCGAGCCGCCGGGGAAGGCUGGGUCGUUUAUUGGGCGGCAUCACGCAGACAGCACGCGGAGCGUUGGCGACGUGUUCCUGCGUGUGGGCGGUGCCCGAGGGCGUUCGCGGAUGGCGAGCGAGCAGACGGAGGACUGCCGGCGCCACAGCAGCGGAACAGCGGCGACCACGACAACCACCACUACGUCGGCGUCGGCGUCGGUGUCCAUGUCGUCCACGUCCUCAUCAGCAGCGAUGCUAGGCGCUACCACCAGCACCAGCACCAGCACCAGCACUAGUGGCGGUGGCGGCCGUGGCGGCAGCUUGGACGGCGCGCACCGAAGCGUGUCUCCAUCGCUGCUGCAGGAGUUGCGGCGGCGCCACCAGCAGCCAACGACAGCGCCCGAGGCGGAGCAGCAAGAUGACGGCUUGGAAGGUGGUAGCAUGGAAGGUGAUGUUGGUGUGGUGGGAGAUGCAAGCAGUGACGGCCACGAGGGAGCGAAAACCGACACUGGACAUGAGGCUGCUGCAGACAUGCUUGCAUCACCAGCAGCGCUGCACCUGUCGUCAUCGCCGUCAUUGUCAUCGCCGCCUGGGUCGCUCGGGUCGGUGCACUCCUCGCGGCCAACGGCUGCUGCUGUCCACUCGCCGCUGCGGUUUGGCCAGACGACGGCUGCACCCGGCAAUGGCGAUGAUGAUGAGGACUGUGGCGGUGUUGGUGGGGGUGUUGUUGGUGGGAGUGCUGAGGAUGGGGAGGUGGAGGAGGAGGAGGAGGGAGAGGAGGAGGAGGGAGACUGUGUUGAUGAAGGUGCAGAGGAACAAGCGGAAGGGCGUGUUCAUGGCAGUGGUGGCGGCGGCGAUGAGGACGAUGAAACAGUGCAAGGCGGCGUAUGCAUGAGCGAUGGCGAGCAAGUGGAUGAGGACAUUCAUGGUGGUGCUGAUGCCGAUGAAGAUGGAGAUGGCGAUUAUCAGGAAAGAGCGCCAUCGUCAACAGCAUAGUGUGUGGUGUGUGUUGAGUGUGUGAACGUGUGAACGUGCAUUGCGGUGACGUUGCUUGUUGAUGCUUCGCGCCCUGCUGCAUUUGCGGUGGACUUUUGAGUUCUGUGAGCAAGUGCAGUCUUUUAUUCAUGCGCUGCGGAUCGCUUUGUUGCUGCGCAGUAGUGCGAUUGCGUUUGUUGGCUGGUCCCAAUCCACGCAGCAGCACCAGCAGCGACACAAGCAGCGACACGAGCACAGCAGGCAACUAGGACGGUUUGUGUGCACAUAAUAGAAACGGAAUAAAACCAAAGCGAAAUGGCC